AGCUCCCCCAAAAGGAUUGGCUUUCAAAGCAGUACCCAAAUGGGCCUUCUUAUAUUGCUUGUCAUGCCACUUCUGUUCACGACGGUGACUGCGUAGCUUCCUGGCUGUACGAAGUCCGCGACACGAUGGGCAAGUGCCGUGGACUUCGUACAGCCAGGAAGCUGCGCAGUCACCGCCGAGAACAGAAGUGGCAUGACAAGCAAUAUAAGAAGGCCCAUCUGGGUACUGCUCUGAAAGCCAACCCUUUUGGGGGAGCUUCCCAUGCUAAAGGAAUUGUUCUGGAGAAAGUUGGUGUAGAGGCUAAACAGCCGAAUUCUGCCAUUAGGAAGUGUGUUCGAGUUCAGCUUAUCAAGAAUGGCAAGAAGAUUACAGCUUUUGUUCCCAAUGAUGGCUGUUUGAAUUUUAUUGAGGAGAAUGAUGAAGUCCUGGUUGCUGGCUUCGGUCGGAAGGGUCAUGCUGUUGGAGACAUUCCUGGAGUUCGCUUCAAAGUUGUCAAAGUAGCCAAUGUUUCUCUACUAGCCUUGUACAAAGGCAAGAAGGAGAGACCCAGAUCAUAAUUCCUGUGUUGCUGUGAAUGGAUCUAAUAAACAUUUUUACUUUAAUAAGGUU